AUGGUCCAAGCGUCUCCACUUAUCUUUGACCACGCUAAAGAAGCAACGACCGCAAGCAAAACGCGGCCUGAACUGCGCGACUGCGAUGCUCGUCCGGCAAAGGACGUAUUGACGAUGCCAAUUGGCAGGAGGAAGCUCUGCGUGUUUGGGGCAGCGGUCGCCCUGAGGCUCACCCUGAUUUUACUGUUCCCCGGCCUCCCAGAUCUGCUUACCGGCCGUGUUGAAGUGUCUACCCCAGUCAGCAGCUUCAAGAGACUCGUUGUGUAUACGCUGCUCGAUCUUAUCAACGCGAAUGCGCUAAUCGAAAUAUCAAACUCGGGCGAGUCCGUGGUGUCGAGGCUCUUCACCUCCCCGCGGAAGAAGAUUAGAUGGGAUGGCAUUGCUAUAGUCAUUGGCAAAGUCAAAGCGGGUGUUAAUGGCAUAUCUUACGCGGCGUCACACUUUCUUGUUUUCGCCGGAGAUAUCGCGGGCCUGUUGAUGAUAUCUUACGCCCUGACUGGCUUUUCAUGGGAUUUCAUCUCUGCAACAUAUGGCGCACAUAUACUUGUUCCUGACUUGACGCCCAACGCUGGUCUAUGGUGGUACUUCCUAAUCGAAAUAUUCGAUCCGUUCCGUGAAUUCUUCCUGGGAGUAUUUUGGCUGCACCUUGCGAGUUAUGUGGGCGGCCUGACCAUCCGCCUAAGACGCCAACCGCUUUUCGUGAUAACUUGCCUCCUCGGGAUUUUCGCCAUCUUCAAGCCGUAUCCCAGCAUCUCCGAUGUUUCGAUAUAUCUAUCCUUCCUCUCUCUUUAUCGACACGUGUUCCCUCUGAUGCGGUAUACCUUCUUCUCCAUUUCCGCUCUGCUCUAUGCCAGCCUUCUCGGUCCGAUAUUUUAUCAUUUGUGGAUAUACGCAGGCUCCGGGAACGCCAACUUCUUCUAUGCCAUCACACUUGUGUGGAGCCUUGGACUUUCAAUCCUCGUCGCGGAUUCCUUAUUCGCCGUUCUUAGAGACGAAUGGGAAGAGGAACGGCCAGAAGUAAAGGGCCAAGAUGCAAGGCAGAUAUGA